UGCAUGUUGAGGCUGCUGGGCUGGGGGGUGGACUGCCCACGUACCCGACUGUGUUCGGGUUCGCGUGUUUGUGUGCGCGCGAGCGCGGCGAAGACUCGUCGAGCUGCAGAAACCAGGAGGGACUUGAAAACUUCCUCGCGUCAGUGACGGAGCUUUCCUGUCGGAGGGGGGGAACAAAGAGCCGAACCGGCAGCUUCUUCACAGUCCAGCGGUGACCGUCGGAGGGGAGAAGGGAAAAAAAAGAAGAGAGACCGGUCCGGUUCACGGUGGCGGAACCAUUUCCGGCCAACAUGGAUGAUUUAGAUGCCUUGUUGGCUGACCUUGAGUCCACAACUUCUCACAUUUCAAAGCGGCCGGUUUUCCUGUCUGACGAAAGCGCCUACUCCAUCCCGCUGAGAGAUCCAGACCACGGAAACAUUUCCUCCUCGCCCCAAGAUCGAGCUGAGCAAUCCCUGAAUGGACUAGAUGAGACAGAGAGAAGUCCCUGGUCUGGAGAAAGUAGCAGCCCAAGUCAGCCUGUGGGUGAGGAGGAGCACGUAUACAGCUUCCCUAACAAGCAGAAGAAUAGUGUGUCAUCGCCAGCUCCUGCCAUGAAUUCGUCUUUGGGUAGCAACCUAUCGGAGCUGGACCGCCUGCUGUUGGAGCUCAACGCUGUCCAGCAGAGCGCCCCCGCCUUUCCUAUAGAAGAAGCAGCACCACCACUUCCUGCAAGCGGCACCAUCCACCACAUCCAGGAAAAUGGAGUCUCCAGCGCAGGCAAAGCCCAUCCAGCAGCUUUGGAGAAGCCCAAGCGUGCCGCAGCAGCUCGAGGAGCAGAGGCCGUGAGGCCAAGUGUGGAGAGCCUUCUGGAUGAACUGGAGAGCUCUGUGCCCAUGCCAGUUCCCCCUGCAUUAUCAGUGUCAGAUGAAACAAACGCACAGGACGACACCCUCGGUCAUCAGCAAGCCCGAAUGUCUGCGUCCUCUGCAACACGAGAGCUGGAUGAGCUCAUGGCCUCACUGUCUGACUUCAAAGUUCAAAGCAACUCAGGCUCUCAGCUGUCUGUGAAUUUGGACUCUGGGGACCCAUUAUCAGCAGCAGCUUCAACGAUUGCUCAAGGAGAAACUGAUCCUUCCCAAACCCCCCAUAAUGACUCAAAGAAUACUCUUUUGCCCUCCGAUUACACUUCCCUCUCUACCACACCCGUUCCUUUGGAGCUACACAUAGACGAAGAUUGGUGUUCACCUCGUACAUCUUUAUCUGGAUCCACUGUAAUCAUUGCAUCAUCUAAGAGCCAGCAGAGAGAUGUUGGUGGCAAAGUCACGUCUGAGUUCUCACACGUGGAGAACACCGGUGUUUCCAGUUCUUUGAAUCCUCAGACUCCAAGUGACAUCCCGUCAUCGCAUUUAAUAACUAAAGUUUCUACCAAUGCUCAAAACUCUAGUCCAAUUGUUUCCAAUAGUCCAAUCACUGAUUCUAAAAUUUCCUCUCCUGUUCUUAUAGCCAAGAGUUCCAAUCCUGAAGUAAAAUCUAAAAGCCCAGUCCCUAAAGGUUUCAGUAGUCCACACACAGGCACAGUGAGUGACAGACAGGUGAUGGCGCCUACUGCUGUAGAAACAAGGCCUAAGGCAGCCAGUCCAGUCACUGUUCCCCGGUUGUCCAGUCCAGUAUUAAGAAGUGCAUCUCCUCUGACACUUCCAUCUGUCACCUCAAAGAUUGCUAGUCCUGACACGACUCGUAAAUCUGCAAGUCCACUGAUGAUAUCAAAAAGUCCUGUAACUGAACUGAAAACCUCUGCUCCUGAAACAGUGCCCAGGACUUCUUCUCCGUUAGCGCUGCCAAGGCUUUCUAGUCCAGGAACGCUUCCAAAGAGUGAAGCUGUGGUUCCUAAGACUCCUGCUCUGGUCGAUAGAAAAACAUUUACAGAUCCGGGCACCAGUAGUCCCCGAGCUUCACCAGUUUCAUCCACUGCUGCACCAUCAAACAAGCUGUAUGCUCCUGUAAACCAAGGAGGUGAUGUGCUGGAUUUAACGUGGCCGUGCCGGGAGCCUCUACUGGAUGAUGCUUUGGAGAAGGUCCUGGCUCCAGAGUCGGCUCGCCUGACUGAAUACCAGCAGUCUGCUUGGGAGGAGGACGACUUCGGCAGAGAGGAAACGCUUACCCCCAUGACCGAGUCCAGCUGGAUGGAUGAGUGUUUUACCCCCUCCAGCUGCCCCGGGACACCAGAUGCAACGCUGGAUCUGCCCCUACAGCAGCCAUCUGCCGUUGAACGACUUUCUGCUUCUGGUCAACUCAAGUCAGUAAUCCGCCGCACCAAGGAGACGACUAAUGUGCACCCAAUGUUCAGGGAGGGGUUGUUGAGGCGCAAAAUGGGACCAAUCAUUGUGAAUAAAAGCAACUCUCAAGACCGACUCAUUGAGGAGCUGCAGGGAAAGCUGGGGAUUGGGCGAGUGGAGCGCAGGCGCAAACAACAGCCUGACGACUGGCUGACAGAGGGCGUCAUCGUUAUGUCCAACCCCCAGCGAACACGCGAGGAGGGAAGUCAGCCCUCUGUGGAUAAGAUCAUCAUCCCUCCCGAAUCACCUGCCCCCCAGAGAAAAGUCCUCCCCCAGUCACCCCCAGCACCUAAAAAGCCACCCCCAGUCAAGCAGACACCUCCGCCGUUACCUCCUCCACCUCCAACCCCACCUCCUCCCCGAGAACCCACCCCUCCGCCCCCUAAGGACCCCACUCCUCCCCCACCCAGGGAUCCUACGCCUCCCCUUGCCCAGCCAACUCCAUCACCUAGCCCCCCACCCAAGCCACUCACACCACCCCCACCUCCAAAGGUCCUCGUAUCAGUGGCCUGUCAGACAGAUUGUGACCCCGUCUUCCCACCAAUGCAGAUCCAGUCUCAAGGAAAUGCCUCGUCCAACGCUCCAGCAAAACCUGCAAACAAGCUGGACAACAUGCUGGGAAGCCUGCAGUCGGACCUCAACAGACUGGGAGUCCAGACGGUGGCUAAAGGUGUCUGUGGUGCCUGCAAGAAACCCAUUGCUGGACAGGUGGUGACUGCCAUGGGCAGAACAUGGCACCCUGAGCACUUUGUCUGCACCCACUGUCAGGAGGAGAUCGGCUCCAGAAACUUCUUUGAGCGUGACGGGCAGCCGUACUGUGAGAAGGACUACCACAGCCUGUUCUCGCCACGCUGCCACUACUGCAACGGACCCAUACUGGAUAAAGUCGUCACUGCUUUGGACAAGACUUGGCAUCCAGAGCAUUUCUUUUGUGCUCAAUGUGGAUCUUUCUUUGGACCCGAAGGCUUCCACGAGAAAGAUGGAAAAGCUUUCUGCCGAAAGGACUACUUUGACAUGUUUGCCCCUAAAUGCGGCGGCUGUGCUCGUGCAAUCCUUGAGAACUACAUCUCUGCCCUCAACUCACUCUGGCACCCCGAAUGUUUCGUCUGCAGGGAGUGCUUCACGCCGUUCAUAAACGGCAGCUUUUUCGACCACGACGGGCAGCCGUACUGCGAGUCUCAUUACCACGAGCGGCGUGGCUCACUGUGCUCCGGCUGCCAAAAACCCAUCACCGGCCGCUGCAUCACAGCCAUGGGCAAGAAGUUCCACCCCGAGCACUUUGUGUGCGCAUUUUGCCUCAAACAGCUCAACAAGGGCACCUUCAAAGAGCAGAACGACAAGCCGUACUGCCACAGCUGCUUCGUUAAACUCUUCAGUUAGACCGCGUCUGCCAUUUCUGCAAACGUAUACCAGUCUGAAUACGCCUGACCGAGGUCACCUGUGGCUUAGCGGCUUUACAGACACUUUUUUUUUUAUUACAUCAAGCGCGAUCAAGCAGAGGUCUUUUUAUCAGCAGUGAUGCUGAACAGACUACUUCUGUUUUACCUUUUAGAAGAGAAAUCUAAAUUGAACCCAAAGAUAUUUCUGUUUAGACUAUUUCUAGUGUGCAACAGCAAAUAGAAAAAACCUUUUCCUUUUACGCAUAAACAGAUCGAAAUAAGUAAUUUAUUCAACUCCCUCAUCGCAGGGCCAACAUGAAAUCACUUAUGUUGACAUAGUUUGAUGCAGAGGCUUGAUUCCACAGACAAGUGAACGCAAACUUAGCCUGAUUGGAGAUAAAUACGCUGUGUUUUGGUUAUUGAGGAUUCAGGAGGAAAAACAGUAUUUUUCUAGCUUUAGGAAAAAGGUAACACAAAGGCCUACACACACACCGAUUCUUUAAAAAAAACACGGUGCACACUCGAAGAGUGGAUCUCUUGAUGAGACCAUCCUUAAGUCUAUUUUAUAAGCUGGUGUUGGCGAGUUAUUUUUCUACAGAUUUCCUAUAAAACAAACUCCUACUUUGUCACUUGAGUCGAACUUGUCCACUCUUUGUGCGUCUUUCUUACACGUGGAGGUUAAACAAGUUUUUAUCUUAGCGCGGAAACUUUGCUUAACAAUAUUGAUCCACUCAGAUUGACUUAAGUAUAUGAAUAUAGAUACAAAUAUUAUCCUUUUUAGUUUAUAAACUGAUGUUGGAGUUUACACAAUUUUUUUUUUGCCAAAACUAAACUUUUAGGAAAACUGAGAUUUUACUGCUGUAUUUGGUUUCAGAGAAUUCUAUUGUAUCUAAACUAUUCUCCUAAUUGCCAACAUGUUUUACUGUUGUCACUUGUACGCAUUUAUAACUGCAUUAACAAAAUCUGAGCAGUGUAGCUUGUUAAACGUUAAAAUGAUAGUUGUGUAUUUUAUUUUGGAGCAUGCAGACUUUGGAUUUUUUUCAGCCCCAGCUGCCGCUACAAUCAGAUCCUACAUCUGUAUUACCUUUGAAGGGACAGAACUGUGUUUUGUCCGUUUCCACUUCUGUUUGAGCGCUCGGAGCUCAUGGUGAUGAUAUGCAAAGAGCUGGCUCUGUUAGCAUGUAGCUUACUGUGACAGAGGUUUACUCUCCAUUCUUUUAACACAAACGCCAUCAUUCAUUCAUAACUGUGAUCCUGGCAAUCAAAGAAUUCACAAUUUACUGCUGAAAGUGAGACGGUAUUCUCUGCUGAUCAGGAUGUGAUGGAAACUAGGACCUGAUCCUAGUAUAAAAAAUAAGUAUUCAUAAACUGCAUUUCGCCAAUACCUGAUUUUUUUUGUUAUUAAUGAAUUAAUGUUAAAGGUGAGGACUCUUUUUCUUGUGCCAAAUGUCUCAAUGCAAUGAUGUCUUACACACUGUUGAGCUCUCUGCCUUUUCUGUGAUCCACUGGGAGACUUCACCUGCUUUUUGUUGCAUUCUAACUCAGAACCGCACACUGUAACAGGAGGAGACGCAAUCAGAGGCUUUUCUUUCCACUUAUCUCACAAUAAACUGCCUUACAAUACUCACUUCUGCCAGGAAAACAAUUUAAAUAAAGAUUUAAAGCUUUUUUGUUAUUUUGACUGCAGAUUAUGUGAACUUUGCUUUGUAAACUGAGACGUACGUACUCAUGUUAUCUUUUACUAUUCAGACGAUCUCAGGAGUCAUUUAUUUGUGCGCCUCUGUGUGGGUGGGGUGGAAGCAUCUGUGAGUUAUGACUGGUAAGCGUCUAAAAAUAAAAUAUAAAGUGUUGAUUUCCUGCA